AGUGUGACAGACUCACGGAUAGUCAGAACCACCCAGGCGGAAACUCGAAUGUCCACAGCGGCAUCUCAAUAUGCAGGAUCUCGGAGUUCACCACGGGGUGGAUACAUCACGAGUUCGCUCAGUGGAUUGUGGAUUGUGGAUAGAGCUGAUAUAGCUCGGAAAAGACAUCAUCAAUUGACGGAUUCCUGGGCAGCUGGAGCUGUAGAUGGCUUUUUUUUUUUCACGCCACUCAAUGGAGAUGGUGCACCUGUGCAUUGGGUGGUGCAGCUGUUGCCGGAGAAAUCAACCAGAUAGGAAAGACUCAGAUGGUCAGACACUCUCUUUGUUCACUUUUUCUUUCUUUUCCUAUUUUUUCUUUUUUCUUUUUUCUUUUCUUUUUUUUUUCUUGUCUCGCAAUGGACCCUCGAUGACAGGUUGGAGCAGUGGAGAGGAGAAGAACAAACGAUUCCCGCGUGGGCGGAAAGCCACAGCUAAGCCACAUAUCGGCAGCCUUUUGCAACGGGAGCUGAAAGACGCUGUGCUAGUGAUGUACAUACGGAGUACCCACGGCUUCAUUUUUGGGCCAAGCUUGGCUCCAUCGUGUGGCAACUUUCCUGCAUCUGGAGUUAAAAAAAGUAAUCCUUACGCAGGCUGUCGUCUGUUGGGAUCGGGCUAACAAAUCUCUGUCUCUCCCCUGCCCUGCACCUUUUCAGGGAUAUCGCCCGUUGAUAACCCUGAUUCUACGACGCUUCGACCAUCGCGCUUCACACUUCAGGUGUACCUGAGGCACUCAGGUCAUGAGGUUCUGUCGACUACUUGGCUUGUGCGACAUGCGUUGCACAUCUUCAUCGUAUCGUAUUUUCC